AUGAACAUCACUUAUCCAAUUGGCUGUGAUUCAAUACCAUCAUUGGAUCGCCUUGUUGAGCACAGUAUCAUUGAUGUGCAGCCAAAUUUUACUGGCUGUCUGCCUCAGUGUGGAUUAUGCGAACACUCAUUAAGAGAAAGCCAUUAUGUACUUUAUAAUUUAAUUAUAAGUGGUUUCAUUCUGCCACUGAUUGGAUUGUUAGGUCUUAUUGGCAACGGAUUAUCAGCAUUUAUUUACAGCCGCCCAGAUAUGCGUUGCUCUACAAAUCUUUAUUUGUGUGCUCUAGGAUGUUCUGAUAGUGCUGUUAUCUUAACAGGGAUUUUUCUAUUUUUUGUUGAAAGCGUGCGCAAAUUCUCACACAACCUAACAAGAGUAUUUGGCGCGUUUUCACCAAUUGUUUAUCCGAUGGGAAUGACAGCUCAAACGUGCUCCGUAUAUUUUACACUAAUGGCUGGCAUUGAUUGUUUUGCACAGGUUUGCAUGCCAGGACGAGUUCGAGAGUUCAUAUCGAGUCCCAAGUUUGUACGGAAAAGCGUUUUUGCCGUGCUGAUUUGGUCAGUGCUGUAUAACAUUCCUCAUUGUUUCGAGGCAAUAGUGAUUGAUUGCUACCAUGUUGGAUUUGAUGGAUCGUCAUGGGAAGUCUGUCCUGAGACGAUGCGAUUCAAUGAAAUGUAUCAAACUGUCUACUAUCAAUAUAUGUAUGCAGUUUUCCUGGCUGUUGGCCCACUUGUGAUUCUCGUUAUUUUGAAUACUUUCAUCAUAUGUGCUUCCAUGUUUGGAAAUUCUGGAGCUAGCAAAGAUGACACAAUUUCACUUGUUUUGGUUGUACUUCUAUUCAUAGCAUGUAACGUAGCUGCUUUGCUAUUGAAUACUUUUGAAGGACAAAUUGAAGAAUUGAUCGGUCCUAAAAUCAAUUAUUUUGUUGAUCUUUCCAAUCUUCUAGUAGUUUUUAAUUCAAGCUUCAAUUUUGUUAUUUACUUCAAGUUCUCAAGCAGUUUUCGGACAACACUAUUUCGCUAUCUGAAAUCGAAGCAUGAGAAAUCAGUACAUGCCGACAAUCCAAACUUGCCUCCUAUUGUAAUUACUGAAGAACAAUUAGAAAGAACGCGACUUUGUAAAGAAACGCUGGGUAAGCUCCUUGCUGCUGGACAAGCAGAAGUGCUCAUGUAA